AGUCGUUCGCCCACGACACUCUCGGGAGUUUCGCUGCCAAAGAAAGACCUAUCAUGAAGUGCACGAUUGCAUUCCUUGUUCUCGCCACUGUGAUCGCUGGUGCCAUGGCUGGCUAUGCGUAUGGCGGCUAUGGCGGGUACGGCCUUGGUGGCUACGGCGGCUAUGGUGGUUAUGGCGGCUACGGAGGCUACGGUGGAUAUGGUGGUUACGGAAGAUACGGCCUCGGAUACGGUGGUUAUGGAUACGGUCAUAGAUACGGCGGAUACGGAGGCUACGGUGGAUACGGCCUUGGAUAUGGUGGAUACGGAGGCUACGGUGGAUAUGGUGGCUACGGAGGCUAUGGUGGCUACGGAAAAUAUGGCCAUGGUUUCUAUGGUUAAGCAACACUUCAGAAGUACGGUGAAUAAAAGCACGCGGAAUUACAAAA